AUGCUUCGUGAUACUGCAGUGCAACUGUGUAUCGUUCCUGUUUCCGUCUGCGCGUUGUGGAUUCAGCACGCCAUUGUGUUUGCACCGGUCUGGAAUCAGACAUGCCGAUUUAUGCCGCCAAACUGGGCAACCUCCGUCGUCGAUCUUAAUCUCAACAGCGACAAUCUACGCUACUACAAGCUACUGGAAGGUGAUGUCUUCCAUGACCGAGUGUUGUUACGUGACCCGGGAGAGCAAUUGUUACUGCGUGAUCUUCCGGCGUGGUAA